AUGGACCCACAGAACCACAUCAACAGCUGCUGGACCCACAUGGACCCACAGAACCACAUCAACAGCUGCUGGAUCCACAUGGACCCACAGAACCACAUCAACAGCUGCUGGAUCCACAUGGACCCACAGAACCACAUCAACAGCUGCUGGACCCACAUGGACCAGGGUUUCUUUGUCCAGUUAAUCCAGAGAAACCUUACUGAGCAGAAAAGGAGCCUGAGGAUUACCUGGUCCAGACAUGGCUCCAACUGCUCUGGGCUCCAUCUGGGUAGCGUGCCCGUAUCUGCAUCCUUGGACUGCCUGCUGGCAGAGCAGGGCUGCACGCAGGAGCCGUCCUGCAUGGGCAUCUACCGACUCCUGGAGUACUGCGCUGCGGAGGAGGCCGUGUCGCCCCUCGGCUCGGACGCCCGCCUCGAGUGCCUGGAGGCUCAGCACGCGCUGCAGCAUUAUCGUCCCCUCCAAGUGUGCAAAUGUCAGCGUGGCUCUCGCAGGGAGGAACACUGCCUCAAGGUUUACUGGACUGUGAGAUUUGCAGCAUAUGAGGAGUAUGAGGUGUCCCCAUAUGAGGAACUAAAGCUAAAUCUGGUGAGAAACAUAGAGAUGUCUCGUAUGGCCUCCAUCAUGGCAGCUUCCUCUCUUUCUUUGGAUGGUCAAAACCAGUGUCUGAAAGCAGCUCAGGACUGCGGCCUUUACGAGAAAUGUGGCUCGUUGCGGUCCGAAUACGUGGUGGCGUGCACCAAGAGGGCGACGGCCACCGACAACGGCUGCAACCGCCAGAAAUGUCACAAAGCCCUGCGGCGCUUCCUGGAGCGAGUACCCGAGGAGUACAGCUUCGCUCUGCUCUUCUGCCCCUGCUCGGACACGCUGUGCGGGGAGCGGCGGAGGAAAACCAUCGUGCCAUCGUGCUCCUAUGAGGAGAGUGCAAGAGGGGAGGACAGAGUGGGCAAGCCCAACUGCCUCAGCCUGCAGAACUACUGCUCCAGAGACGAGCUGUGUAGAUCUCGGUUUGCUGAUUUUCAACACAACUGCCAGCCCUCGCCUGUUUCUGCCUCCGGCUGUGUGCGUGAGAGACGAGCCAUGUGCCUGAAGGCUUAUACUGGACUCAUAGGAACCAUCAUGACUCCUAACUAUGUGAGUAACAGCAGCACCGAGGUGUCCCAGUGGUGCACGUGUGAAGGCAGCGGGAACGAUUGGCAGGGCUGUCAGCGCAUCCUGCACAUGUUCAGCAGCAAUCUGUGUCUGCGCAACGCCAUCAGCUCCAUGGGAAUCUCUGCUCCUCCUCCAGUGGAUCUCACUCCUGUGCCAGUUUCUCAGCCCUCCCCACCAGUUUACCAGGAGAGAGUCCCAGUUAGCGUUCACACCCUCCCUGAUUUCAGCAGCAUGGAGGACAGCGAGGAAGAGGAGCAAGAAGAGGACGCGAGCGAGGAAUUCAACCUCAUCCCCCCAUAUUCUGAGAAGGACUCCAAGGACUCCAACACUGAAUCGGGUGCCAGAGGAAGUCAGCGGGGAAAAGCUAGCCAAGCAGCGCUCACAUUGCCAUUACUGCUGCUGCCAACUCUCAUCCUGGGCCGGGAGUGCUGGAACCGCUGA